AUGCCUCGUCGCCAACUUCAUGAGCACGACUUCGGUACCCAGGUUGCUUGUGUUGCUGAGACCUUCGGCGCCAUACCUCUCGAGGGCACGGGGAUACCGCAAUCUCAGCGACUCCAACCAAAGUCAGAGACUGUGCUCGCGAUUGCCAUUGAUGCGAUGCUCAAGUCUCGUCCUAUAUCGCACCAUCUGGCGCACAAAACCACCUGUGGUUUGAUCGAUCACCGAUACCAUUUGAUUGACACACUGGCAAAUAGUACAUGGGAGGACCGAGUCCAGACUUUGAGACAGUCAGGUUACAACCGCUAUAGGGAACAGUGUGCUACAAAUCUGGGCAACCUUGCAGAACUCGUCAACAAUAAAUAUGAUGGUGAUCUCAAUCAACUAUUGGAAGGUUCUCACGGCCAUACUGAGGAGAUCCAAAGACGAAUGAAAGAGAUCAAAGGGAUAGGGGACCUGGGGGCUGAGUUAUUUUUGGACCAGGUGCAUAGUGUCUGGCCUUCCGUUGCACCUUUCCUCGACUCUCGAAGCCUCAAAACCGCUGAAGAAAUCGGUAUAGGAACAGACUUGGAUGCUAUUUACGAUGAGCUCGGACAAGAUUCGGUUUCUAUGAGUAAAUUUGCAAGUGGGUUAUCCAAAGUCCGGCUGGAGCACAAGGAGCAUGAUAUUCAAGCACUAUAA